GACGGUCCCUUGGGAGAUAGCACGCCACGUACGUCGUUGUGGGCGUCCUUUUACUUUCAGGAAAGUCGUUGGCGAGAAAACAAGAAGGCGGUUGGUAGUCUAGCUAUCUGUGUGUUUACAAGGAAGAUCCGUGGCUAAAUCAACGGCUGCUUGUCUUGUGACCUGUGCUGAAGUUGAGCGACAGAGAUGGAGGAGACCGGGGGAGUUGGUGGCGCUAGUGCGUACGGAGCUUCGCUCGCAGGCGGCGGCUUCGACUUUCACAAGUUUGCGAAACAACCGCACACUAUCGUGCGCUUCUUGAGUUGGAUUUUUUCCAUCGUGGUCUUCUCCUGCAUCACGGCGGAGGGAUUUGUCAACAAAUCGCACAGCCCCGACGCGCAUUGCGUCUUCAACCAGAAUGACUCGGCGUGCCACUACGCUGUGGGCAUCGGUGUCAUAGCCUUCCUGGCCUGUUUUUUCUUCCUCUUAUUGGACGCCUACAUGCCGCUGAUGAGCAACGCAAAGGAGAGGAAGUACGCUGUCAUGGCCGACCUGGGAUUCUCAGUUGUGUGGACGUUCCUGUGGUUCGUGUGUUUCUGCCUCCUGACUAGCCAAUGGAGUCGUACGAUUGAUGUCAGAGGAAUCCCCCAGGACGCCGCCCGCUCCGCCAUUGCCUUCUCUUUCUUCUCUAUCGCCACCUGGGGAAUCCUAACCUACUUCGCUUUGGGGAGAUAUCGCCGUGGUGUUGCCGACGUCACCCAGAGCAUCUAUGCCGAGUCUCCGCCGGAGCAGCACACCCCUUACCCUCCGACCUACGCCCCCUCAGCCUACACCCCCACCACCUACUCCCCGUACCCUUCCAGCGCGCCAGAUGACUUCCAACAACCCCCCAGCACCAUCACCACCACCACCCAACCCCAGGGGGAAUACCAACCCCCCAACUACUGAGGGCUCCGCGUGAAGUUUCCCCUAGAUACAGGUCUCGGAUCAGCUUCACUUCCCCCCAUUCCUAACCUUCACCAUUAGUGGGGGAAAUGCAAAACUGACCCAAGAUCAGCGUCUAGGCCAAGGGGCAAUUUCACCAUACUAUUACUGGGAAAGAAUUAUGGAGAAAGGAAGUGGAAGCUCCUUAUCACCAGACCUGGGUUCAAAUACUAUUUGAAAUAUUUGUUUUGCUUUUGUCUGUCUGGAGUGCAAGGUGGGUGGAGUUUUCACUCAACUUUUCUACUGGUUUAAUUUGCAACAGGGAAACUGGAUGAAAGCACAGACCGAUAAAGUAUUUGAAAUGGUUUUAAAUAGUGUUUGAACACAGGUUUGCUUACUACUAAUGCAGUGGAUGAUGUGGUUAAAAGGAGACUUCUACCCUGAGACAGGGGUGCAGCUGAGGGGGAGGGGCAAAAGUCAGAUCCUGGUCACGUGACACUGGAGCUCACAUGAUUUGGGAUAUGCGAAAAACAGCCAAUGAGAGCUCUCGUGGGAGGGGCAAGUGCUUGCUUUAGCUAAUCUGUGUGCUUGUCUCCCCCCUGUUCAGAACUCUAGUCCCCUGCUUCUGUGCUCCAGAAGGAAGGAGAAUGUGUGUCUGUCAGAGGAGGCUGGUGGGAGGAAGAUAUAGGAGGACCUGCUCAUUGUAAUGGCUGGGAUGCAAUAAAUGGAACGGUAUCAAAAAUGGAAACCACAUGUUUGACUAUUUCAUUCCAGCCAUUAGUGAGCCGAUCCUCCUAUAUCUUCCUCCCACCAGCCUCCUCUGGUGUCUGUACAUACUAGAUAUUCAUAGUUGAACCGCCAAUUCUUUGAAUGGCUGUACUGUCUUAAUGUUGUUUUUUAAAAAUCUUUUUGUUUCCAAUUUAGCACAAUUAUCUUGAUGACAUGCAAGCACAAUGUUUUAUUCAAUGUCAAAAAAAGUAAGUUUAUUUAAUUGACCAGUGUAUCGUGAGACUACUGAAUUCUACAGGAUAAGCCAAAUGCCCAAGAAAGCCUUACUAUUAAUGUCCUAUGUAAACUGCUGGGUUUUUGUCCCACUUCAGGAGCCGUAGGCAGACUUUGAUUAUGUCCCAAAUGGCACCCAAUUCCCUUUUAUAGUGCACUACUUUUGACCUGGACCCAUAAGGCUCUGGUUAAAAGUAGUGCACUAUAUAUAGGGGAUAGGGUGUCAUUUAGGAUUGUCUACAAGUCCUUUCUCAUAACUCUUAAACCCUGUUUAUCUGAUAACAGUCAAGGUAAAGCCAAAGGAAAACAAACACAUUAAACCGCAUGUUAAAUUAAACCGCCCGUUGAAAACAAGGCUUGUUUGCUCAACUGAUCUGUGUAAUAUGCAUGUUCCUAUCUAGUCAUUUAUGUACUGAUUGAAUUUUCAGUCAUAUUUUUAUGUCUACUGUCCACAAAACUAUAGCAACUGGAUAAGUUGAAACCAGGCUUGUAACCAGGAGAUAAAUUAGUCCCAAUUGUCCACCCUUCUCCCAAAGUGUGCACUGCACUUGCCUACUUUCCCCCUAUGGCUUUGACAAUGGAAUCUCCCUCCAGCCUCACAGCCAAUCCUGACACCACUGCUAUGCUUUUAGAACCAUGUGCACUGGAAAAGGGGGGAGAAUCGGAACAGAAGUCUUCCACUGCCGCUAGAUAAAUUAAUCUAUGGUUGGUAUUACUGAGUGGGUUUCCUAUCAGUCGUUCUGAGUCUCAGACCACUUCCUGCUUUGUAAUACUAAAGGGAAAAGUCAUUCAUGAAUAAAUCCUCUUACUGCCAAGACUGACUUCAGGAACCUCAGUGUAGCAGCUGGGUCAUGUUCAUUAGGCACCAAAAGGAAGAAAAACAGGCUACAUAUGAACAUUAACAAACACACAAUUACCGAACUUCAGAAGCUAUUUUGAAUACAUUUUCUUGGCCCUAGAGUCAUUAAAUGUUCAGAGUACAUUGAGGGGAGUUACUUGCUUUCAAAACAAGUAAAACAGUUGGAAGAUUUUCAUCAGGCAAAUGCUUAGUUUUUUUUUUAUCAUUGCAAGAAGUUUUGCUGUGGUGUGCACUAAUGAACACGACCAAGGGCUGCGGCUGUGUAGCUCCGGUCCACUGUGUGCUUUGGCACUUCAUAGAUUACUACUUCAAAUCAUCUGACUGACUUUAAAUGUAAGUCACACAGGACUAACUUAAGCUCUUGAUAACAGUACAAUACUUGGGAUUUCUUUGAAGUGGCCAACCUGCAGAUCCAUUGUUGGACGUACUAAUGAUCUGUACCAAUUGAUUCUUGAAGAAUAGAACUUAUAAAUGCCUCAUGAGGUUAGUUCAAUUGUUGUACCCCAUCAGAACCCAAAAUAAUAUAUAUUUUUUUAAACUCCAAUGUUUGUAAACAAAGUAAAUGUAAACAAACACUAUUUAGCGUCAACAUGGUUAACUAUAAUUUUCAUAUCAUGGAUGGUCAGUCCUCAUAACCAUAACUCUUGAGUUUGCCAUUAAAGAAUGGCUUCUAUGGAAAUGUUAUGCACUUCUCCUUAACAAGAACCCUGGUAUACUUUGUUGACGGUGCCUUAGACUUACUGUAUGUAAUGUUGACACCACAAAGGUCACCAUAGACGAGCAUAGAUGUACAUAUUCGCAUAUAGAUGUGUGUAGGUAAAUAUAGACACACAAAGAUAAGUUGUAUAUAAACACAUCAUUGGAGUCCACUUGGCCAAAGUGAAGACCUCAAACUGUGUCCAAAAUGGCACCCUAUUCCCUAUAUAGUGCACUACACUAUAUGGGCCCUAGUCUAAAGAUGUGCACUACAUAUGGAUUAGGGUGCCAUUUGGGACACAUGUUGCAUUUAUUAAAUAUGAGUGAUGCUACUAUGCAAGGCUAAUGGAAACAUUUAGGGAGGGUGGAAACGCUCCCUCUGUAUUUCUAUGUAUACGGGACAGUGGAGGCUGUUGAGGGGAGGACGGCUCAGAAUAAUGGCUGGAACGGUAUCAGACACGCGGUUGUCUUAUGUUUGACUCCAUUCCAGACAUUAAUAUGAGCCGUCCUCCCCUCAACAGCCUCCACUGACAGUGUCACCUACCAUUUCAACUUCUCCGCUAGUGCCUGUGUGAAGUGUCCUUCCGACAGAAGGCUCAAACGCCACGGUGUAUACACUCUAUUGGCCCAAUCAACCUCCUCAAACUGUCCAUAUAUUUACAUUAUAAAACCGUGGACAAAAUCAUUUAAAGCCAUGAUAACACGCACUUGAGCAAAAACUGAAGGGCAUAUUCAGGAUUAUCAAACUUGCGUUCAUAAAUGUCGGGUUUGUGUAUGGGAGAUGAGUGAUGUUGCAAUUUGUUGUUUGCAUUCUGAACAUACCCCCUCAUGUCCAGCGUGGCCUAGUAAGGCAGCAUCUACACAGGCAGCCAAUUCUGAUCUUUUGACCAGUGAGAUCAGAUCUUUUGCCAAUAAUUGGGAUAAAGAUCAGAAGUGGGCUGCCUGGGUAGAUGCAGCCUUACUGUUCAAAUUUAACCUCCCCAGUGAGCAACCUUUGUAUCUAGGAUUAAUCGAUAGCCAAGACUUCUGUAAGUAUGUGAUUUGUAGUUUAGUUAUUGGGUUGUUAAUUGAUUGCGUUUUGUUUUCUGUAGUUGUAGGGGCGAUGUGUAUAUUUCACUUCUUGUUCAUUGUUUUAUCGUGUUACGUCAUUGGUUAUCUGUGGUUUUGAUUUGCCAUUUGAUCUCCACCACCACCACUGAUCAAAAUGAAAUAGUGUAGAUUUGAGUUCCUCACUUAUUUUACAUUUAUGAAGUUUAUUUGCAAAUUCUGUGUCUCACAUAACUUUAAUACACCAAAAAAAUGAUAGCAGCAGAAACCUGUUAAUUCAGUUGUGUUCUAUUGAAUCCAUUGUUGUAUAAGGAAGUGUCUGUCAUCAGCUGUGACGUAUGUGAUGUCACAAGGUUCUAAUUCAACUUCUGUUCUGUCUAAAUGACGUGUGUGUCGGCGUGGGGCAGAAUAAAAAAAAAAGACAUGUUUACAAA